GUCUCCACACCGCCACCCCCAGGCCCCCACCCGCCUAGCGCCCACCUCAGGUCCUCCGUACUCAGCUCAGAUCGCCGCCGCCUGGGCGCCGCACCAGCACCUCCUCCGCCUGCCACCUGCUAGCCUCCGCCGGUUAGCCUUAAAUCCGCACCGCCGGGCGCCACGCCAACAGCCUAGCACCUCUGUUUUUCUGUUGGGAUUUUUUCCCCUCGGGCUCCGAUCGAGGAGGUUUCUGUAUCUUCCAUGGCACUUGUCGUGAUGUGUGGACAGCCAUGCAGUGGCAAGUCAGCGGCUGCUGCUUGCCUCACCGCUGCACUCCGCUCCUCCUCAGGCGAUCUUACCGUCCGCAUCAUCGACGAGUCUUCGCUCCAUCUCGGGCGCAAUGAUAGCUACAAAGAUAUGGUUGUGGAGAAAAACUUAAGAGGAGUUCUUAGAUCAGAAGUUGAUAGGUCUGUGUCACGAGACAGCAUAAUUAUCGUCGAUUCUUUGAACAAUAUUAAGGGGUACCGGUAUGAAUUGUGGUGUCUUGCACGUGCAUCCGGGAUAAGAUAUUGUGUGCUCUUUUGUGAUACAGAAGUGGACCAUUGUAGGGAUUGGAACAGCAAGCGCCAGGAGAAAGGAGAACCCUCAUACGAUUACAAUAUAUUUGAAGAUCUGGUAAGGAGGUUUGAGAAGCCGGAUAGGCGUAAUCGCUGGGAUUCCCCUCUUUUUGAAUUGUUUCCAUCUACAGAUGAAAUAGUGGAAUCCUCUUCUGUUAUAGCUGAGGCUGUGUCAUAUUUGACAAAGAAAGUGGAUUCAAAAACAAGAGAUGUAAAAGUUCUACAACCUACAAUAGCCACUCAGACUGUAAGAACAACAGAGGCUAAUUCCCUCUAUGAGAUGGACAAAGCAACACAGGAGGUGGUCAAUGCAAUUGUUGAAGCGCAAUCUUGCGGUCUUGGGCUUGCCAUGAAUAAGAUUUCUCUUGGGCCUAACAUGCCAACUAUUAAUCUUGAAAGAUCGGUUGGCCUGCCUGAGCUCCGAAGCCUGCGACGCACUUUCAUCAAGCUGGCAGGGCAGUACAGCUUGAGUGGACCGCCGCCGCCAACAGACGCUGAUAGCGCAAAAAGGAUGUUUGUCGACUAUUUAAACCGUGAAGUCGGUACAUGAUAGUUCUCAUCUCUGUGAUGUGUAAACCUUGUGUGUCAUGUACUUAACAUGGAGACAAAUAUUUAAGAAGGCAGCGUAGCAUGUGUUGUGACCUGUAAA